AUGGUUAAAGAUGCAACUCGAUCAGGGGUUCGAGAUGACACAGUUUCCCUGAAAGUUCUGAUAGACAAAGAGAAAAAUAAAGUCGUGUUUGCUGAAGCAGGGAAAGAUUUUGCGGAUGUUCUACUGAGUUUCUUAACAUUGCCUUUGGGGACUAUUGCUAGACUCGUGGCUAAGGAGUCCAGUGUACAACCAGUUAAAGUUGGUAGCCUGAGCACAUUGUAUGAAAGUGUGUCGCUUCUUGAAGAAAAAUUUUUAUGCAUUCAAGAGUCCAAGGAAAUGCUACUGCAACCAAGGAACUAUAUGGAACACUAUUGCAAACAGCUGAUGCUGAAUAUUGAUGAUACUGAGCUUAAAAGCUACUGCAACCUUUUGAACUGUGCUUGUGACGAUCCACAAUCUGAAUUGUUUUGGGAAGCUGUAAUGCGAACGUGGUUAGAAAAGGGCUUUGUGAAGGAAUCUGCUUCUCUUUUAGUUUGUGAUGAUCUUUAUAUAAUGCCCAAUGAUUUUGGAGCAAGUGCAAAUUUGUUUCAUAUGCUUGGAAUUGAAGACUUGGAGACUCUUGAGGAACAAAUUGUGGAUAUCACCAAGGAGGAGGUAGUGGACUUGCUGAAGUUUUCAUUGAUCUCAAGAACCCCAAUGACAGAUUUAAUCCUAAGAAAGAAACAAUAUCUUGAUAAUUUUACCCCAAUAAGCCAAAACCUGUUUGAGAUUGGAAAAAUACCAUCUUUUGAGGGUAGGCAAGUGGUUGUGAAAAUUCGAAUAAGUAAAUCAAAUGGGAAGAUUAUGUUUGCUGAGGCAGAGGAAGAGUUUGUUGACUUUCUUUUAAGUUUUCUGACUUUUCCCUUGGGUGGAGUGCUUCACAUGCUUGAAGGAUCUUCUUCGCAACCAGAUAUUACCUAUGGGAUAGGAAAUUUUCCUUGUUUAUAUUGUGGUUGUAGAGCCUCUACCGGAGAACCUUCAAGUCUUGUUGGUUUUGUGAAAGGACCAGCAACGUACUUUGUGACAGAUGACUUGGUUGUGACUCCAAUGUCAUCCAUUUAUGCUGUUUCAUGUCUAAAAACACUAAAAGUACCACUCUUUGACUUGGAGGAAAGGGUGAUCGCAAUUGGUGUGAAAGAGGGUCUUGGGAUAUUGAAAGCUUCAUUGACAUCAACAUCUGCUUUGACAGAAGCUAAUAAAGAGUAUUCACCUCUUUUUCAUGAUCUUGGAAUUGAAGACAUGGAGACUCUUGAGGAACAAAUUGUGGAUAUCACCAAGAAGGAGGUAUUGGACUUCUCAAGACCAGGGAUGUACAAGGUCACAGAUGACUUGGUUGUGACACCAAUGUCAUCCAUUUCUGUUGUUUCAUGUCUAAAAACAUUGAAAGUACCUCUCUUUGACUUGGAGGAAAGGGUCAUUGCAAUUGGUGUGAAGGAGGGUCUUGGGAUAUUGAAAGCUUCAUUGACCUCAACAUUUGCGUUGACAGAAGGUCUGAAACACUUGAUAAGACCCAUUAACUAG